AUCUACCACACUCAAAUGUGAUGAGUAUUAAAUUACAUUCACCACAGGCGGCAACAGAGGUGAACCCAACAACCACCACCACAGCGGUAAAGGUUGUGCCGCCGAUAGCAAAGCCAAGAACCGUUAACAGUAAUGUUGCUAUGGAAACCAAAACCACCACGACGACGACACAACCCCACAAACCAUAUCAAACGAGUCUGCCAACCAAAGACUCCCUAAAAAUUAUCAAAGAAGCUCGUGGUGCCCGUCAGCUGCGCGAUCAUGAACUCUCCUACUUCGGUAUAGCAGCCUCACAACAAAACGAAACGGAAAAAUUAAAAUCGAAAUAUCCUGCCCUCAAUUCGGGUAAUCGAAAUUCUCCCAAACGUUCUUUACCUCUAAGGAGGGUAAGUGAAGAAAUGACGGGAACGAAUGGAAGACGGGCGGAGAAUGAUAGAUCCUCACCGGGCAGGCAAUGGCAAUUGGAACAUGAUAAACCGGAUUUGCUGAAACAUAAUCCACCGGCACCCAAGAGCAAUUCCCAACUAAAACCAGCGGAAAGAAUUUCUCUGAAGAAGAAAGCCGAAUUGGAGGAUGCCGAGGAGGAACAUCUCUAUGAGAAUAUUGCCAAUGAAAUUACCCCGGUGUUUAAAGUCAAAGAGGUGUACGAUCGAAAAUUGGAUUUGCAACGGGAUGCAAUGAUUUUGAGUGAAAUGAAUGAAAGUGCUGAUCAAACUUUAAGGGAACUCUCCGAUGAAUCUUCCCUAAAGGAUCGCAAACGUCGUUCUCUGCAGAGGCGUAACUCCAAGCCACUCGAAACCAUUGACGAAAAAUCGAUUACGGAAAAGAUCUCCGACACGUGUAUAGCGGUUAAGGUGGCCCGAGGCACAUUUGCUUCGGAGGCCCGUAAAACUUCACGCCAUUCGACACCAUCACCUAAUCGCCAAAAUAUUGCCCCAAGGGAACGUACUUCGUCCCAAUCAUCUGUGGAAUGUUGUCCUCGGGCCAGAUCGCGUUCCCUCUCCAGUGAAAAGGAAUAUGAAAACAUAAAAUCCGCAACAAAAUCUUCACGAUCCACGCAAAUGGUUAAACAUAAAAGCCAUAGGCCACAUGAGGAGCGAAGAUCCAGUUCAUUGGACUCACAGCGCUCUUACCAUUCCCAAUAUUCCUCAGGUGAGGAACAACAGCAGAACCAACAGCUUCGCAACAGUUUCCGUCGUGAAGAUCGUUCCCGGGCCAAAACCAAACGUCCCAGCAAUACGUCGUCCUCCACUUCCAAAUCCCAACGCCCUGAUCUGAAAUCAUCCUCCACAAAAUCCUCCUCACACAGUGAGUUCCAACGUUCAUCCAGUACCACACGUUCUUCAACACACAAAGAACGUGCAGAGUGCCACAAGGAGAACACAAAUGGACUUGCCACAUCCCAACAGCAUAGCAAACGUGAUCCCCAUACCCCGGGCGGUUCAUCAUCGCUACAACGUGGUUCCGCCAUUAGUUCCAGCGGUCGUCGUCAUCGUGAUGAAUUACGUGAUUCACAGCGCCUGAAACGUUCAAGCAAUCAAGGGACUUCUUCUUCGUCGCAAGUUAAAUCCUCCUCAGAACGUCAUGAAAAAUCGGAGACGAAUGGAAAACAUUCCUCAUCACGUCUGACACGCGACGAUGAACGCAAUAAUUCCCUGCGUUCUUCGGCACACCGCAUGGAACGCAGUGGCGGCGAAAAAUCGGAGAAAUUAUCAAAAUCAAAAGCUCACUCCAGUCGCUCAACAUCCCAACAACGCCAUGAACAACGCAGCACCACCACCACGACGACGACAGCAACAACGACAUCUACAUCUAAUGGCGUUGACGAAAGGCAUGGCGGCAAGUCUAGCAAAUCAGCCGUGAAAGCCGUGACAACAACCGCCGAAAAUACGACGUACGUAAGCGUAACGAAUUUAGCAAACGAACAAAAACAAGAAACAACAAAAAUUUUAGAAACGAAUAACGAACACGCGAGAGAGGAGAUUAAACAAAUCUCUUCCUCUUCAGCUUCGGCUUCGGCUACUCACACAAUUGCGGGAGAAGAGAAACAAGAAAUUUCAAACGAUACAACGAUGGCUAAUGAAAAAUCCCCUCCCCCUAAACCACCCCGCAAGAAACGUAAACAUUCCCUAAUUCCCAUAGCCAUACCGGCAAAACCUGAACGAGUGCCACCCUUGCCACCAUCUGCCACCUCGCAAAAUUCUCAAUCCCCCUCUCUGGACUCACCCACCUAUGAAUAUAAAUUAAAAUCGAAAAUAAUACCACCCACCUAUUCGAAUCAGAGUACUUUGCGUAAAAGUUCUCUACCACGGCCCAUCAGCCGUUUAGCUUUGCUUAAUAAGUCGCGAAAGCAUUCACAGAAAUCCACCCAUUCCACAUCGUCCUCUUUUGCUUUCCUACCCUAUUUACCGGCCAAGCGGAAUUCCGAUGUCAGUCAUGUCUAUGAUAAUUAUAUGUUAUAUGCCGUACCGGCAGCCAUUAAUACCAAAGCCUAUCAGCAAAAUUUAGUUAAUGAUCAUGCUCAGCUAUUCGGCUCGGCGGGUGCGAAUCGGUAUCAUCAGCAUCAAUAUUAUGGUGGUGGUGGUAAGGGGUUAAGGCGUCGCACGGUACGCAGUACGGUGUCGACGCAUCAACCAUUUGGCAUAUGCACAUGUUCAUAG